ACUUUAAUUAAUCAAAUAAUCUUUUAUUUAUUAUUUAUUCAUACCCUCAAUUUACAUCCAGAUAUCAUCAUACCACUGGCAUCACUACCAUCACUGGUCAUACCACUUAUCAUUAAGAUUUAGAAGCCAAUUUAGAAUUUUAUCAAUUUUAUAAACUUCACUCAUAUCAUCUCAAGACAUACUCAAAACCUAUUCAAAUUUUCAAGAUGACCGCUCGGGUAUGCAACGCAGUUAACACCCUCGCCGUUGAUGAGUCUUCAUUCUUCUCCAGCUCGAAAACUGUCAACUGGGAUUAUCAUCGAAUUGGCUGGGUAGUGGCUGGAUCAAUGGCUAUCCUCACUCUAGUCAUUUCCUCCUUCAGCAUCUUUAUGCACUGUCGGUCAUAUCAUGCACCACUUCAGCAACGUCAGAUAAUCCGUAUCCUACUCAUGCCACCUGUAUAUGCGAUCAUCUCGUUUUUCAGUUAUCGAUUUUUUAGGGCAUACACAUACUAUUCGUUGAUCGAGACUGUCUAUGAGGCCUUCGCAAUCUGCGCCUUCAUGUUUCUCUUGGUACAAUACAUUGGUCAUUCACCCCCUCUUCAACGUCAAAUCCUAGCCGAGCAGCCAAAGCGCUCAAUCCCUUUUCCAUUUUGUUGUUGGAGGUAUCGGCCCUCAAAGCCAUAUUUUUUGCAUACUACCAAGUGGCUGGUCUUACAGUACUGUAUCUUUCGGCCGUUGAUCACCAUCGUCGCUAUCAUUUGUGAAGCCCAUCACGUGUUGUGCCCGCAACAAUACAGUGUUUUCUUUGCUCAAGCUUACUUGGAAGCUUUUGAUUUCGUCGUAUUCUCAAUUGCAUUAUAUGGUCUUAUUGUUUUUUACACAGUGACGAAAGAUCAUUUGAAAGGAAGAUCUCCGUUGGCCAAGUUUCUGACUAUCAAAGGAAUUGUGUUCUUUACCUUUUAUCAGGGAUUUGUUUUUUCGAUCUUAGAGAAGCAUGGGGUCAUUCGCGGGUCGCAAUACUGGACUGCCACCAACGUUAGCGAAGGCUUACAGGCGUUGUGUACCACGGUUGAGAUGGUCGCCUUUUCUAUCAUCAUGAUAUUCUCGUUUUCGUGGAAACCAUAUACUCAGAUGAAUCCUACGAAGCGAACUGGCGUUUUCAGGUCGUUACUCCACUCACAGAAUUACAGUGACUUCUGCAUUGAGCUCUACUCGUCAAUGAAAUUCUUUUGGGAUUAUGCUCAGAGAAAGCCAUAUACAACCUCCAAGGCUCAAGGAUUAGGCUCUGAUGCAGAUUCAGUGAAUCAUCGACGUCCACUCACUGGUCUUGAUUUCAAUCAAGCAUAUGACUUCGAGCCAUCUAAUGAAUCACCACCUCAACAAGGAUACAAGAUGGAUAAGGUGAACGAAGCGGAACCUAAAACAAGUCAAGUUUAAACGAAACGGAAAUGUCGAUCAACCGAUCAUCGUUUUUUUCCCGAUCGAUUCAACCAUUGUUUUCUCUUUAACCUAUCUCUUCGUUUUUCAAAAUUGUAUUCUGAUUUUCGUCGUCGUAUUUCUGAACUUUAAUGAUUAUUGUGUUGUGAUUGUUGUUAUUUCUAUUGAGCUUAAAUGGAUUAGUAUGAAGAUGAAUGUUCUGAUUAAGAUUUGUUCUGAAAAUAAUCAGAUCAAUCACUAAGAUGUCUGUUCAUCAUAUAGGAUCAAUUUUUUCCUAAUUGUUUUAUUUAUUUUAUUUUAUGACUCUUGUAUCAUCCAUCAGAAAAGCAAUUUUGGACAUUUUACAAAUGAUCAGGUAUACAGAC